ACACCUGACUCCAGCAUAUGAGCAUCCUCUAUCUACAAGAUAUCCACGGCAAAAAGAUAAGAGAGAAGAAGACAACAUGCUUUCAACUGUACAGAGGUCUACCAGAUACCUGUCUGUUUUGUCUACUGCUCGAGGACUUCAUAAGUCUGCACUAGAUGUGGCCGAGCGCCCUGCCCCUGAAGAGACCGUGACCAGCAGCUUUGGCAGGUUCAUUCAGAGCGUACAGCCAAGACAUUUGUCCCCAACCUUGCUGCACCGCAGCAAACGUAUGGUGUUGGACAGCAUUGGCGUUGGGCUGUUGGGGAGCACUACCGAUGUAUUUGAACUUGCCCUGCAACACUGCCAGCACAUGUAUGCUCCCGAUGACAUCAGCUUCGUCUACGGGCGCCAAGGCCUGAAGCUCUCUCCAACCCUUGCAGCUUUUGUCAAUGGAGUAGCGGCUCACUCAAUGGACUUUGACGACACUUGGCAUCCUGCGACCCACCCCUCUGGAGCAGUACUGCCCGCCCUGCUAGCUAUAAGCGACAUGUUGCCAACCAACAGCAAACCAAGUGGCCUUGAAUUUCUCACCGCCUUCAAUGUGGGCAUUGAAAUACAGGGUCGACUCAUGAGAUUCUCAAAUGAGGCUCAAAACAUCCCUAAGAGGUUCCAUCCACCCAGUGUAGUGGGCACCCUGGGUAGUGCCGCUGCCUGUGCCCGCCUCCUUUCUCUGGACCGCAAUCAGUGCAGUAAUGCAUUAGCCAUCGCUGCAUCGCUGGCAGGUGCACCAAUGGCUAAUGCUGCAACACAGUCCAAACCACUCCACAUUGGUAAUGCGUCUCGUCUGGGUCUUGAAGCAGCCCUGCUGGCAUCUCGCGGGCUUGAAGCAAGUCCUCUGGUCUUGGAUGCGGUUCCUGGGGUAUCUGGUUUCAGUGCAUUCUACGAAGACUAUGCCCCACACCCCAUCAGUUCCCCGGAGGACGAAGAGCACAGCUUCCUUCUGGAAAGUCAAGACAUUGCUUUCAAACGCUUUCCCGCCCACCUCGGAAUGCACUGGGUCGCGGAUGCUGCCGCCAUUGUGCACAAGGCCCUGGUUGGCCUUAGAGGCGGAAGCAUCUCUCCAAACUUGGUGCAGGACAUCUUGCUCAGGGUGCCGAUCUCCAAGUACAUCAACCGUCCCUUCCCGGAGUCAGAGCACGAAGCGCGACACUCCUUUCAGUUCAACGCCUGCACUGCUCUGUUGGAUGGGGAGGUGACGGUGCAGUCGUUCCACUCUGACGCCCUCCACCGGCCUGAACUCCAUGUGCUCUUGUCUCGAGUCCGCUUGGAGCACCCGCAUGACAACCCGGCAAAUUUCAACAUAAUGUAUGGUGAGGUGGAAGUCACCUUGAUAAGUGGAGAUGUUCUACGGGGGCGCUGCAACACCUUCUACGGUCACUGGAGGAAUCCGCUCAGUGAGGAAAGCCUUCGUAAGAAGUUUCGUAAUAAUGCCUGUGCGGUGCUGACGCCUGAGAGAGUGGAGAGGCUCAUCGAUGCUGUAGAAGGCCUGGAACAUCUAGAUGACUGCAAACCACUGCUCGCACAGCUGCAGUAAACAACAUGGUGCUUUUGGUGCUAAUACCACAGCAUUAAUGUAACAUAAAUCGUGGAACUUUUCGUGAAAUGCAAUGAAGCAUUUUGAAUUUUUAUGUAAUUAGAUGUAGUAGUUGAGCAAUGUACUGUACACUCUUUUUCCAAAAGUGAUGUAUAUAAAUUAAGAGUUCUGAAUUAUCUUAUUUUGCUUAUUCUGCUGUCUGUUUUCAUGUGAGUUUUUAUAAUAUUUUAGAUUUUUCAAAUGUCUAUGGCAACAGUUGGACAUUAGUUUGUAAAUAUAAACAGAAGCUUUCAUCUUGAAAGUUAUCUUUUUAGUAUCUGUAUAGUAAAUUCUUGAUGACUUUUGCUAUAAUUGUGUUAAUAGUUGUGAUUAAUCAAUGUUUGAUCUUAAAUACAUUUGCAACUCAAAUAAAUUUCAAUAUUUAUUACGAUA